GAAAAAUGAAUAUAAAUAAAUUAAAUUCAAAAUUUUCCUUAAAAAUUAAUAAUAGAAAUGUUAAUUUUUUUAGUAAUAAAAGUAAUUCAACCGCUGAAUAUUGCUUGGGAUCUGUAAAAAGAUACGAUUAUGAAAAUUUUAUUUGCACUAUAUUACUUCGGAACCCUUCAAGAUCAUGUGCUUUUGCAAUUCGCAGUUUUAAUGUAGAAGUUGCACGAGUAGCAGAACAGGUGUCCCAGGAAACCAUUGGAUCUAUGAGACUGAAAUUUUGGGAAGAUGCAGUUGAAAAAUGUUUUUCUGGCGAUAUUAAAGCUGUUCCUAAGCAUCCUGUAGCAGUGGAAUUAUUUAAGGCAGUGCAGAGUAAUAAAUUAACUAAAAGAUACCUUCAUGCAUUAAUUACAUCUAGAAAAGAUUAUUUAAGUCUAAAAGGAUUUCAGAAUUUGGAUGUUAUGGAAAAAUAUUCUGAACGUACUGUAUCCAACAUCCUUUAUUUAAUUUUAGAAGGAUGCAAUGUUAAAAAUAUUCAUGCAGAUCAUGCUGCGUCUCAUUUAGGAAAAGCACAAGGAAUUGUACAACAAUUAAGGAGUAUACCCCUGUCAAGGCGAUUAAAUUUUCUUCCAGUACCCCAAGAUUUAUUAAUAAAAAAUAAGGUAAGUCAAGAAGAAGUGCUCAGAGCAAGGCGUAGUGAACGCCUCAAUGAAUGCGUAUUUGAAAUUGCCACCAGAGCUCAUCAGCACCUAAUGAAAUCAAGAAGCCUUAAAGAAAAUGUUCCUAAAGAAGGAAGAAGUGCUUUGUUACCAGCUGUACCCAUUUUUAUUUAUUUGGACAAAUUACAGAAAGUUAAUUAUGAUGUAUUUCAUCCUAGUUUGCAAAAUAGAUCUUGGAAGUUACUACCCGUUUUAUGGUUUUCAAAUUUAACAAAUAAGUAUUAGUUAUUCAAAUUAUUCAUGCAGCAAAAAAAAAGUGUGAAUGACGAGAAUUGUGUCAAACAAUGAUGUCCAGUAACAUAUAUCUUAGAUAAUGUUCAACGUUUAAUUUAUUAAUAAAAAUAUACAUUUUAAA